AAGACUGGCUAUGUUCGUGUGUGUGUGUGUGUGUAUGGUGGGACUAACACACUGGUGGCUGGGAAUGGCAAAACACAUCUAUCAUUUGGCCUGCGCUGUAAUGGGGGAUGCGGUUAAAGACAAAAAAGAAAAACACUCCAAGUCGUUUUCCAUUACGAAGCCCUUUUUUAUCAUUCCUGCCCGCCGACGACGACGAUCGUGGAACGAUAUUUGUUGCAUAAACAAGUUCUUCUGCACCCCAUUCGCCUCUCACGCUAGUACCGGCCCCCUACCCCUCGCCUCUUCCUUCCUUCUUCUGCUCAUACACGAUAAACAAUAACAAUUUAAAGGGCGCUGUAAAGAGGGUUGUGAAAGAGAGGAAAAGCUAGACUGGCAGAAAACACUUUGGCUAGCUAGUCAAUCGCGGAAGGCUUAUAAUUGGAGCGGAUAUUUAAUAACAAUUUCGAUAAAACAAAAUUAAAGCUCAUUGUCUACCUGGCGCCCAUAUCAAUUUAGUGAUAACUUGGCGUUUCCGUUUUUUCUCUUCCUUCUCGUUGAGGAUAAGUAAACGAUAACGAUUUAUUUGAAUAAAUUAUGCACAAGAGAGAAACCUUAUCGAGCGACACCCGAAGUCCAAUCCAGCAAAGGAGAGAGAAACAUACGAAAACACUCCACAUUGCGCAAUGUCAGUAGUAGAUCCCUCCUGAACAGCUGACUGUUCUAGCAUUGCCGCAUCUCAAUCGAUUUCGGUUAGUUCUGUUAUGAUAUUAUGGAGAAAACGAAUCGUAUGGAACGGGUUUGUCGUGUAUGCUGCUGUGAACUAAGCGAUAUCGAAAGCUACGCGCUGAAUACUCAGACCGAACAUGGAUCGUUGGAUGAAUUGCUGCGAUACUGUACCAGCGCAGAGGUCAAUCGUGAGUCCAACCUAGUGUAUCGGAUUUGUGUCAAAUGUAGAGAUGACCUCAUGGUGGCCUAUAGGCUAGUCUGUUCCUUCCACAAGGCCACUCCACGAUUCAUGGAAGAACAGCUUGUGGAACAUCCACCGUCAAUAGAAAGUAGUAAAACAUCAGAGACCAAUUGCAAGAAAUGUCACCAAACCUUCUCUACUCUACCAGAGUUGAAGCUACAUCGCCGACAACAUGGUCUAAGCUGUGGCCAACAUCAUCACUCUCCUAACCAAAAACCGAAAUGCUGCGGAUGCCUCGAAGAAUUUGAUUCGCUAGCACUACUCAGGCUCCACUCGGACACCGUACAUAAAUCGGAACAGAAUGUCCUCCUAGUGCAGGGAGAUGCGAACACGAAACCGUUUGUCUGCGAUGUGUGCUUCCGGCGGUACAAAACGCGUCGCAUACUAAACGACCAUCGACAGCGACCGUACCGCACCAAACGGUAUCAGUGUGCCCGGUGUGGCAAAUCAUUCCGUGAUCGGAAUUCACUGGAAGAUCACGAACGCGUGCACGGCGACGAUCGUCCAUUUGUUUGCGGCACAUGUGGUAAAACGUUCGCCAUGAAGGACUCUUACCGGAAGCAUCAACAGCUGCAUACGGUCGAGGCAGAUCGGUUCAAGUGUGACCAGUGUGGUAAAGGUUGCCGUACGAAAGGGAACCUGAAGGAUCAUUACAUCACGCAUGCGAUCACGGAAAAGCCGACCCUUUCUUGUCCACAAUGUGAACAAAUCUUUAUGCGUAAGGGUUCCCUGAAGUCGCACUUGCGGUUGCACACCGGCGAGAAACCGUUCCGCUGUGAACAGUGCGACGCGUGUUACGCCUUUCCCAGUGAUCUUCGCCGCCAUCUGAUGGCACACAACGGGAUCAAACCGUUUGUAUGCUCUGUCUGCCAGCGUGCCUAUCCAAGGAGGGACUAUCUUGCAAAGCAUAUCGCUUCCUCGCACGCUGUCCAAGAUUGUAAAGAUACAGUGGAGCAAUAAUUCAAAACAUUUUAUACAUGAAUGUCUCAACAUUUUAUUUG